AUGGAACCAGAACAAGCACCGCACACAAAAUCUCUGUCUCGAGGCUGGUUUGUUCUUCUCAAGGAUGCAAAAAGCUAUCUACACCAAAAGUUGCUAAAACUUUUCACCCUUAUCUACAAACCCAUAUCUUCUUUUGCUCCAACCAUCGCCUCCGCAGCUGUGAACUCCGAUGUCGAACCACCAACGAAUCCUCCGUGUCCGUCGUUUUCGUGGCUUCCAGAUGAUAUCAUCAUAAACAUCUUAGCACGCAUAUCGAGAUCAUACUACCCGAAACUCUCCCUAGUCUCCAAGAUCUUCCGGUCUCUCAUCUCAUCCUUUGAGCUCUACCUUGCGAGAUACCACUUCAAAACACAAGAGAACUUCCUCCAUGUCUGCUUGCAGUUGCCAGAUCGUCGUCUUCCCUCUUGGUUCAGCCUCUGGAUAAAACCUGACCAAAUCCUAACCAAUGACAUGGACAUGGAGGAGAACAACAAGUCUAACAGAGAUGCUUUGUUGGUAGAGAUACCCUCUUCAUAUUCUCCUCGUGUACCAUCACUAUCUAUCGGUAUGGUUGGUUCAAAACACUACCGAGUCGGACAAGACACUGCUGCUCCCACGUCUUCUCCCGUGUGGUUCUAUAAUAUGGGGACGACCACUCACACCGCCUGGCGUAAAGCCCCUAGAAUGAAGGUGGCUCGACAGAUCCCUGUUGCGAGCAUCCUCGGUGGAAAAAUAUACGUAAUGGGUGGUUGCGACGCAGAUGAAUCAACGAACUGGGCUGAGGUUUUGGACACAAAGACUCAAACUUGGGAAUCUUUACCUGACCCUGGCCCUGAGCUACGCUUCUCUUUGAUCAAAACAAUGAACGUGAUCGGAGGAAAGCUUUGUGUUAAGAGGAACGAAAAGGAUGAUUACUUUUAUGAUCCAAAAGAAGGUAGAUGGGAAGUUGUCAAAGGUUUGGAGGUAUUGAAGAGAAAUUGCCAUGGUGGUGUUAUUGCAUUAGCUAACUACAGUGGGAAACUCUUAGUCUUGUGGGACAAGUUUGAACAGCCUGAUCAUUGUCAAAGCAAGGACAUUUGGUGUUCGGUGUUAGCGCUUGAAAAACGCAAUGGUGAAGAUCAAGUCUGGGGGAAUGUUGAGUGGGCUCGUGUUGUUCUUACGGUUCCUAGUUCAUGUGUUUUUUUGCGCUGUCAAGUGAAACUGUUUUGA